AUGCUUUCAGAAAAGCAUGACAACAACAGCAUCAGCUAUUGGUUAGCAGAAUGGCUUCGUGAUGUGAAAAGUCCACUGCUAUUGGUCGUAACUGAUCAAUCGCUAUCAUUAAUGCAAGCCGUUACACAAACCUUCACGCAAUUUUCUAGCCUUGAUGCAUAUAUUUCGAACUGUAGUAAAUUGAUAUUAAAAGAACCCGGUUUCGAAAUUCCAAAAUGCAUGAUUAGAAAUGAUUUCAAUCAUAUGAUGCAUUUAAUUAGCACAUGGCCUAGUUAA